AUCAUCAGCAGGUGCAGGUGCAGGCAGUUGGGCGCUGGGGGGCUGCAGGAGCGCCGACUGGAUUUGGAUUGCGCCUCACACACACCGCGCCCAGCGACACGACGUGCCCCAAAGUGACCGCCUGCUGCCAACUUCCUCUUCCACUCCCACUCCGCUGUCCGCCACACACACCACCCGCCCACCGUUUUGUGCCGGCCGCUGCAGCACAAACACCGAACACUUGUCCCCCGGCUGCUCGUGGUCUCCCGCUCCCACCGCAAGAGCACCUGCUAGCUAGCACGCCGCCAGUCCCCUCGUGCCUGCUGUUGGCACCGCGGCUCUCGGCGCUCCGAACGUGACUUUCUUAUCACGACACCGAGUCAACCACACGCAACCAAGCGAACGCUUUCAGGGUCCGACCCUCCUCCGCUCCACUCCCCUCCCCCUCGACUUGUCACCUCUGUUCCAGCAUACUGGCAAAGAAGGCAGCGACAGACACAGAACCAGGGAGCGCGCGCACUAUCGGUGAUAUCGGAGUUUCUGUUCAGCACCACGACCAAGGCGGCUUUCACGUCCCACCAGAACAUUCACGAAGCGGCAGUAUCGACCAGCGCACGACGGCUACGAGUUCGACAGACAGACAGACAUCAUGGCUGGAACACGGAAUUAUGACUUUCUUAUCAAAUUGCUCCUUAUUGGCGACUCAGGCGUAGGCAAGUCCUGCUGUUUAUUGCGCUUCUCCGAGGACUCCUUCACGCCUUCCUUCAUUACCACUAUCGGCAUCGACUUCAAGAUCCGAACAAUCGAGCUCGACGGCAAGAGGGUGAAGUUGCAGAUAUGGGACACUGCGGGCCAAGAACGCUUCCGCACAAUCACGACGGCAUACUACCGAGGCGCAAUGGGCAUCUUACUGGUUUAUGAUGUGACAGACGAGAGAAGUUUCAACAACAUUCGAACAUGGUUCUCCAACGUUGAGCAACACGCUACUGAAGGCGUGAACAAGAUCCUCAUCGGCAACAAAUGCGACUGGGAAGAGAAGCGUGCCGUAUCCACGGAACAGGGCCAGGCACUCGCAGACGAGCUCGGAAUUCCAUUCAUGGAGGUCUCAGCAAAGAGCAACAUCAACGUUGACAAAGCAUUUUACAACCUCGCAAGCGAUAUCAAGAAGCGCAUUGUGGACACCCAACAACCCGCGCAAGGUGGUCAGCAAGGUGUGAGUGUAGGCGGCCAACAAGGCGCUGCAGGAGGCCUGGGAAAGAACUGUUGUUAGAGGGAAUUAUAGAGAAGGUAUGCGUGUGUCAUUGUGGUUGUUCUUGUGGAUAUGGGCAUUUCGGGAAAGUGUUGGAUGGGAAGGGGCUUAGAGUGAAAGUGGCGAAAGGCAAAGCAAGACCAGCAGUACAGCAGCAGCUGCUGAUGAUGUUAUGCAGGUAACGCAGCAGAUUGUUUAUUUCCU